GUUGGGGUGACGCUUGCAUGCUGCAGUCAACCACUUUUCUCCGUCCUCUUUCACUCCUCUGCCUUUCAUAAUGCCUUAUCGGCCCUCUGUACGCCCUUAAUCACUAUCCAGUUUCUCUAUCCAUGGCGCUGGACUCUUUCUUCGUAGUUCUUCCCAUUGAGCUUCACUAGACGACUCCCCGCCGGCACCGAGUUCCAGUCCUCCGCAGGUCUCGAGGCCUAAUCCUAACAGACCCCCCUUCCCAUUGUCGUCGCAGAUCUAGCAGAACAAGAUGCCGUCUGAGAAGGUCUCAAUGGAUGAUACUAGCGAAGCUCCCGAUCUUGAAAUCGUCGGAAAUAAGAUUACCAUUCAGCAUGCAGGCUUUACGGGGCCUGAGCACCCUCAAGAUGGCGCGAUCACAGAACAGCACCUGGUCCGCAACAUGGUGCGCUUCAGAGAAAGACCACUGGAUUUCCUGCGAGAAGUGAGCCUAUACCUGUCGGGGUCGGGUUGGAGAGCCUAUGACAAUGUGAUCGGCCAGCCGGUCUUCUACCCGGGAUACUCGGACAGAAUUAGAGACAAGAUCUUGAAGAACCCAAUCCUGCAGAACAAGGUUAGGGAGCUUGCGGAGGCAAGACUCAAGGUGGAAGAGGAAGAAGGGCUGUUAGAGCUGAAGCCGGGUCCAUUGGACAAGAAGAGGGAAGGCCGUCGCAAGGAAAUCGAAGGCAACUUACACCAGGCCUUGAACACGAUGCUGGAUAACAUGAUCUGUAAAAUGGAUAGCAAACGGUUUAUCAGGGGAGCAUACUACCUUACUACGCAGCUUCUUACUCGCGCCUAUCACCACGGAAUUCAUGUUUCUAGUGAGGAAAUCUUGCGUUUAAGGUCUGUCGCCGAGGAAGCCACUAAGAAGAAGCAUUCGAUUGUUUUCCUACCUUGUCAUAAGUCCCACGUGGACUAUGUGUCCCUACAGAUCAUCUGCUUCCGUCUAGGAAUCGGUCUCCCUAUUGUCGUUGCUGGUGAUAAUUUGAAUUUCCCGCUAGUAGGGUCCUUCUUACAACACGCAGGUGCUAUGUACAUUCGGCGGAGCUUUGGAAACGACCCACUCUAUACUACGGCAGUCCAAGCAUAUGUCGACACUAUCCUGCAGCAGGGGUAUAAUUUCGAGUGUUUCAUCGAGGGUGGGCGGUCAAGAACUGGAAAGCUUCUGGGACCGAAGUUUGGAAUCCUGAGUUUCAUCCUCAACAGCCUUCUAUCCGGCCGUGUGGAAGAUACGAUCAUUUGUCCUGUGAGCACGCAGUAUGACAAGGUCAUCGAAACUGAGUCCUAUAUCAGCGAGCUUCUAGGCCAGCCGAAACCGAAAGAAAAUUUGGCGAACUUCCUUUCUUCCUCGUCUAUCUUGUCUUUAAAACUCGGUCGUGUAGAUGUCCGGUUUCACGAACCAUACAGUUUGAGGGAUUUUCUCAACCAGCAACUCACCAGGCUAGGCAAGCAGCCUAGCAUGAAAGCUGAGCUGAAUCUCAGCUUGACUGAGAAAGGCCAAAUUCUCAGAACUCUGGGAUAUAAAGUACUUUCUCAAAUCAACAAUGUUUCCGUCAUGAUGCCUACAGCACUUGUUGGGACAGUACUUUUGACACUUCGUGGGCGUGGGGUGGGUAAAUCAGAUCUGGUCAGACGGGUCGAAUGGCUCUGCAACCGCGUUCGAGCUAAAGGGGGGAGAGUUGCACACUUUUACGGUGCACCAACUGGGGAGGUCGUCGACCGUGCCAUUGAGGUUAUGGGUCCAAAACUUGUCGGUGAGAUCACUGGUUUGGCCGAACCAACUUAUUAUGCGGUUGAUCGUUUCCAACUGUCUUUCUACCGCAAUAUGACUAUCCAUCUUUUUAUCACAGAAGCCCUUGUAUCUGCUGGCAUGUAUACUACAGUCAAACAAGGCAGCGGCGCUGCAGACCAGCGCAUCACUUACGAUGCUCUCCUUAGCCAGGUCUCAUUCCUAUCGCAGCUUUUCCGUGGCGAAUUCAUCUUCCCUCCUGACGGUCUGACUACCAACUUCGAGAAUACCCUUCGCGUACUCGAAAAGGACGAUGUCAUCAAGGUCACGCGAAACUCUUCGGGAUCAGUAGAGUUCAUGGAGUUGAGUGAUUCAGAACGACACUGUGGACGGGAAAAUUACGAUUUCUAUUGCUUCUUAAUUUGGCCGUUCAUUGAAACUGCCUGGCUUGGUGCAGUGUCUCUCCUGGGACUGACGCCGCCGUUGAACGGGCCCAAGGAUGUUUGGGUUGAUAUGAAGAAGGCCCAGGAUAAUGCCCAAUUCCUUGGUAAAACUUUGUUCCAUCAAGGGGAUUUGUCCUAUUUCGAAGCGGUUAACAAGGAGACGCUCAAGAACUGCUACCAGCGGUUUGAGGAAGAGGGCAUCAUCCUCGUCGCGAAAAGCAAAGAGUUGCGCUCCUCUCCUACAACCAGGCUAGCUCCCGAGUGGACGCCAGAACGAGACCCUGAAACGGGAAAACUGCUGGCUCGUGGUCGUCUAUGGGACUUUAUAGAGAUGAUAGGACAAGCGCGACGUGAGGGGAAAAACCGUCGAGAUGGACCAACUGUGUCUUCAAAAGUGCUUGCCAUGUCGGACUCGGUCGGCCGCAAGCUAUUUGAGACAGCUGCCACGCCUAAUCCCACCUCCCCUUUGGCAGGGAACAUUGACGUGUCAUCACCAAGGAAGCGUCGAAAGGACUUUGGCGUGAAUUCAAAGUUGUAGGGGGGGUGGCAUCCUCUACAUUGGACCUUUGCCAAAAAUAUUCUAAAAUGCAUAAUUUCCGAAGGCGGCAUUUUCUCGGUUUUCUUUCCUAUACCCCCCUUUCUGUUUGUUUCUUUCCAUAAUCUUUCAUCUAUUUGUUCAAGCGUCCAUAUUUAAGAUAUCUUUGUUCCUGCAAAUCUGCAUGGAAGAAAUAGCAGCCAGCCGAAUAGAAGAUAGCAUAUGUACAUAAGCUGGAAAGAUUGUCCUGUCUUAGUCGUAGAAUAGUCCAUUCAGCAGAUGAGACGGCGACUAGAAUCGCAUCAUGGUCCACGCUUUCAACUGAAGCACUUGAAGAAAUUCCUCAUCCGGAAGAAGUUCCUGUCUAUUAUCCGAACCCUUUUCCAUUGGAUCGAGUACUUUAGGCUGAGACAAGCAUGAUUUCACUUGGGAAGACAACUAGGGGACUUCGGCAUUUGCCACGGGAAAAGGGGAAUGAACGAUCUUGGUCGUCUUUCCCUGUUGUCCGUAGAUGGGGUAUCCUGUAAGAAGCAACACUUAUGGAUCGUCGAAACUCUGGAAUAGGAUGGUUUGUGAUAGAUCUC